UAAUUUAUUUCAUUUAAAUAAUUCAAUUCUUAAAAUACAAUGAGUUUGGUGUCUCAAUGAUUAAAAUAUCAUUUACCAGAUUAAAAACGAAGUAAACGAAGGAGACGUUACUUUUUAAUAUCCGUGCUUGGUAAAUCACUAACAUCAUAUCAAUUUGGUAGCAAUAUAUAGGAAAAAUGGUGGCGCAACAAUUUUGUCAGCUGAUCUGGCGAAAAUUUGCAUGUUCUCGGUCAGAACUCAGACUUGACAUAACCUUGAAAUGUGGACAAAGUUUUAGAUGGAAAGCGGAACAACUCGAAGAUGAAACUAUCUAUGCUGGGGUUCUGUUUAAUAAACUUGUAUUAUUGAAACAAGACGAAAGUUUUCUGCACUACAGUGAUCCAUCAGGUUGUCUGGAUGAAACUGCGCUGCAGACCUAUUUAAACCUUGAUGUUGAUCUUCAAACAUUAUAUCAAGCAUGGAGUAAAGUUGAUCCUAUAUUUUUAGAGAUCGGCAAGAAGUAUCCUGGUGUGAGGAUGUUAAGACAGGACCCCGUGGAAAACCUGUUCAGCUUCAUCUGUUCAGCCAACAACAACAUCUCCAGAAUAUCAGGGAUGGUGGAGAACAUGGCCAAGGAGUAUGGAGAUAAGGUGUGUGAGUUUGAAGGAGUUGAGUAUCAUAGUUUUCCAAAACUUGAGAGUUUAUCUGGUCCUGGGGUUGAGGAUAAACUUCGGGAACUUGGAUUCGGAUACAGGGCUAAAUAUAUACAACUGUCAGCUCAGAAAAUCCUUGAAUUGGGAGGAGAGGAAUGGUUGCACGGUUUGCGGAAACUUAAGUAUGCAGAAGCCAAGGAGAAACUACUCUCUCUCUCAGGGAUAGGACCUAAGCAAAACCGAUGCCCAUCUCUAGUGCUGAAGGCUCAGGAACAAAAUAUUCUAGGUAGCUGACUGUAU